AUGGCGGCGGAGAUCGGAGGAGCAGCUCUCGCCGCCGUCCUCGUCUCCUCCUCUGUCUACUACCACACUUGUUCGCUUGUCUACCGGCAACCUCUUCGUCCCGACCAGAAAGUUGAUUUCAAGAAUGAAAGCUUGUUCAUGGGGAAAUAUGAGCACCCUCACAUUGGGUAUCGUCCAGAUCUUGCGCCAAAGAUGGAGAGGACGGGUUGGCAAGAAAGGAAGCUCGUUCCGACAGAUGAUGGAAAGGAUGUUCUUCAAGAGUUUAUCAGUCAUCCAAAAACAGCAUCCUCGAACGAGGGAACGUCAACGAAGGGCAUCUGCAUUCUUCUCCCAGGUCUCGGAGAUACUAUCGAGAGGUGCGCCAACCUCGCAGACUUCCUGGCAGGGAGAGGCUACGCUGUGCAUGGCGUCGACUAUCCCGGGUGGGGCUACAGCCAAAGGGAGAGCGGAUCUGGGAGCAAGUUCGUUCCAUGUUUGACGAGAGAUUGGAACAAGGAGGUUUGUGAGCCGGUCUUGGACUACGUGAAACGGGUGAUCUCGUCCCUCUUCCCUCGCCUUGGAGUUCCUUCGGUCGGAGAGGACGAUGUGGGGUCAAGGAAUCUGUUCAUUGCGGAAACCAUUGUGAAUGACAAAACCAAGAGCAACACGGCAAUCCCUGCAUUGACAGGAUACUCCUUGCUACAGCACUUCAAGUUUUGUCAAGCCAACAUGCAUAGAAUGAAGGUUCCCUUCUUGACGUUGCACGGGAAGAAAGACAUGAUCAUAAAGCCCUCGUGCUCCGAGGAGUUGCUGCAGAAGGCGGAAGUGGAGGACAAGCAGGGCAAGUGGUACGAGGAGGCAUGGCAUGACCUCUUGUUUGAGCCGGAGCACGAGCAGGUGAUGGAGGACAUCGCCAAGUGGAUUGACGAUCAUGCCUGA